GGGCGGGCGCGGCGGGCCGGGCCGGCGGGCGGCGGACUAUGAGGCGCCCACCAUGGUGCGAUGCGACCGCGGGCUGCAGAUGCUGCUGACCACGGCCGGAGCCUUCGCCGCCUUCUCGCUCAUGGCCAUCGCCAUCGGCACCGACUACUGGCUCUACUCCAGCGCGCACAUCUGCAACGGCACCAACCUGACCAUGGACGACGGGCCCGCGCCCCGCCGCGCCCGCGGCGACCUCACCCACUCGGGGCUGUGGCGGGUGUGCUGCAUCGAAGGGAUCUAUAAAGGCCACUGCUUCCGGAUCAAUCACUUCCCAGAGGACAAUGAUUACGACCACGACAGCUCGGAGUAUCUCCUCCGCAUCGUGCGCGCCUCCAGCGUCUUCCCCAUCCUCAGCACCAUCCUGCUGCUGCUUGGCGGGCUCUGCAUCGGCGCCGGGAGGUUCUACAGCCGCAAGAACAACAUCGUCCUCAGCGCGGGCAUCCUCUUCGUGGCCGCAGGCCUCAGUAACAUCAUAGGCAUCAUCGUCUACAUCUCCAGCAACACAGGUGACCCAAGCGACAAACGUGAUGAAGACAAAAAAAACCAUUACAACUACGGUUGGUCUUUUUACUUUGGAGCCCUGUCCUUCAUCGUGGCCGAGACCGUGGGUGUCCUGGCCGUAAACAUUUACAUUGAGAAAAAUAAAGAGUUGAGAUUUAAGACCAAACGGGAGUUCCUCAAGGCCCCCUCCUCGUCUCCCUACGCCAGGAUGCCGAGCUAUCGGUACCGGCGACGACGCUCACGGUCCAGCUCGAGGUCCACCGAGGCCUCUCCGUCCAGGGCGGCGUCUCCGGUGGGCCUGAAGAUCACUGGGGCCAUCCCCAUGGGCGAGCUGUCCAUGUACACGCUGUCCAGGGAGCCCCUCAAGGUGACUACCGCCGCCAGCUACGGCCCCGACCAGGAGCCCGGCUUCCUGCAGCUGCACGACCUGUUCCAGCAGGACCUACAGGAAGGCUUGCGCGUCAGCGUGCUGAACCGGCGGACGACCCCCGUGUGAGCCACCCCCCUCUCUGCACCGGCCUCUCCCCAGAACAGCUGUUUGGAUCCCACAGGAGGGCAUCUGACCCUUAGGCUGGACCGACCACGGACUGAAGCCAAAACCCAACCCUCCCUCGUCUCCAGAAAGUGUCACGGGCUGGCUGGGAGCGAAGUGCUGGGAGACGGGAGUUGGAAGCCGAAGGCUGACUUUGUCCCCGAGAGGGGUGUUUUGACGGCCCAGGAUUGCGAGAUCUCCUGAGGCUGCAAGGCCUUGACCAACCUGGGAAAACAAAAUCGAGCCAUUGUCUCCUCUUGGAAAUAAUUCUUGCCGGAAGGACGGGCUUUCAGAGCCCUCCCUCUCUGCCUGGGUGAGGGGCCACCGGGCGGGAUUCACCGGGUACACGGGGACCUUUGGACACUGGUCAGGUGCCGUUUGACCUGAGGUUCUGGGUCUGUGAGCGGGAAACGAGGAAGCCGAAACUUGCCCCCUUCCUGUCUGUUUCUUGCUCUCUCUCUCUCUCUCUCUCUCUCUUUCUCUCUGGCAGUGGCCGGUUGUUGAAAUAACAGUGAUCCUGAGGAGAAAGCCCCUGUGGCCAACUGGUGCUUUGGCCUUUGUGCUAUCCUGGGGCCGGCUUCCCUCGACCUGAGGAGACCAAGGCCUGUGGAAGAAUUCGCAGUGGAGGAGGCCAUUCGCUGGUCUGGGUGUGAGGUAAACCCAGAGUCUGUGGCUUGGCAUUCUGGUCUGCUUCUAGAAGUUUCUGCCGUACACAGAAAGGGCAAGACGCUCUGACUGUACUUGAGAGUCUGGAAGAUUCCACGGGUCUGAAGGAAGGUGCCCAUAUGGCCUCUUGCCGUGUCCCUCCCCACGGACCCUCCUCAGAGCAGCUCUGUCCCUUCUUGGGGAGCGGAGGGGGCAGACCCCCCCCCCCACCGGCGUUUGGCAACAGGAGCCUGAACUUCUGUUCGAGAAAGGGAGACCCGAGGGUGAACAGCGGCCAACACAUCAGAACAAACAUCCGUUUCCUAAGUGGUUAUUGAUCGUGACUGGUUGCAAAUGAAGGCCAGGGGAGCAAGUGACACUCGGUUCUUCGUCCAGACAACGGCAGCAGCAGCCCCUCCCCCACACCCACUCUUGUCAUUUAUUCUGCCACCACCCGAAGGGCUCAGCCGAAGGAGUUCGGGCAGUUUGGAUGAAAAGGCCGCGCUGUGUUUUCCUUCCUCCUCGCGGGAGGGACAUCUCGGCACUCUGGAACCGAGGCGGCGGUUCCGCGUUGGACGUUUUCUUCCAACCACAACCAUCUCUUCCCAUCCCGAGGCAAGCGGAGAAGGCAGACGCGAGUGUGGGUUCAGAAGACAACCUUUCUGGAACAGGGAUCUCACCCUCUUUUAUAUAAAACACGUGCUUUCUAAAGACAAAUCCUUUCUUACUUUUUGAGACUUGGUCGUCCGAUCUCGAGCGGUCGCCUGUGGUCCCGCUAGCUGUCAUCCUGAGAAGUGACCAGCGAAUUCUUACCUCAGCCACCUGCUCGCCGACCCCCUGGGCGGACUCAGCCCCCAGGAGUUGAGAUCUGGGUCACGGUCAUCGCCAUCCUCCUUCACCCCCGGAGAGGAAAUCUCCCCGGGGACCCCUCGCCUGACUGCCCCGGAGCGCUGGCCAGCCGAGGCGCGGUGUGCUGGGGACCCUCCGCGCUUGCCCGAAACCCCUUCCUCCCGUUGAGGUUGGCUUUGUGUGGUGGUUUGUCCAAGCAUGUGCAGCCGUGAAUGCUGGAGCGUCAGGGCUCGUGGCCUGCCCUGCUGGGGGCCAACCCCGUCCCGUCCUGCCCCCAACCCGACCGCCCUUGGUGCCCCACCCCCCCCAUCUGUGACCCCAUCUUCCCGGGCUCAAAGGAAAGGGGGCAACAUCUGGGAACCCAUCACCCCGCCAGGUCCCCAGACUCUUCUGUCACUUCCCAAAGCAAGGCAGCCGUGCUGUUUCUUCCACAUAAGUCACCUCCUCCCCUGCUGCCCCGGAAGUUUCUGUCAUUUCAUGCAGAAAGCUGUGUUCCCAUGAAUCCUACCUCUCGCCCAGUCCCAGGCAGAGAAUGUGGGGCCCACUCUAGGGACCAAGAAAGAGUAGAAAGAAGCAACAAAGAAGGACAGAAGAGCAGGGAGCAGAACCACCUCAGAGCCCCUGGUCUUCACAGCCUUUCUCCCCACCAUGCCCGGGCUCCCGGACCCUCUGCCCGGGGCCACCCUUCUGCGCACCGCCCCCCAGCCAGGGGCGCCUGGGGAAGUGGGCGGAGCUGGCCCCCUGCCACCUGUCAGGCUGAGACCUUGCGUCCCCAGAGGGGGACGCGGGGGCCUGUGCCCACCUCCUCCCAUCCCACCACCCUCUCCAACCAGCCCCUGUGUGUUUCGCCCGUUAAGCACCUGUGAAUCCUGUUACCUACUACUGGUUUUGGGUUGUUAGUUCUGUCUUUUUUUUAAUUAAAUAAAAACCUUUUUGAAAUGUU